AUAUUCAAAGAGUGAGUAGCUUUCAAAGAUCGAUCCUUGGCGAGUUGGAGAGAAGUUUUAUUUGGGCAGAACAUAAGCCCCACACGCCAUUCUCUCUCUUCUAUUCCAAGCAACCUUUUUCCCAGCUGUUUCUCCUCUCUCUUUCUCCGCCUCGCCUCACCGCCGGCGACCGUCUUCCUUUCUCCGUGUCCGAGAUCCACUCGCUCCGUCAACUCACUCCGAGUCCAACCGAGUCAAGAUUCCACUGGGUCUCUGUAAAUAGACUGAUUUUCCAAUCUCAUUCCUUUGUCCUCUUAUUUUUAACUUUUUUCUCGCCCGUCUCACUCAACCUUCUCGUGACUUUCAAAGUCGAGUCAAGGAUUGGUUAACUUUGCUACCCUUUUUGUAAGAUCCGUUGACGCGGUUUUUGGGCGCUGCCGGAGUUUCAAUUCAAGCGCAAAAAGCUCGUUGAGUCGAGAAUUAGGGUUGACUGAGGAGAUUUGUGCGCUCAUGAUAGGUUAACCUAGAGAUUUAGGUUUUGGGUUUCGGAAGUUUACCAUGGCGACUAAGCAUAGCUGGAGAGAUGGCAUGUCGUCCGAUAACAUCAAGGGUUUGGUAUUGGCGCUGUCGUCCAGUUUGUUUAUCGGGGCUAGUUUUAUUGUUAAGAAGAAGGGCUUGAAAAGGGCCGGGGCUUCUGGUGUCAGGGCAGGAAGUGGAGGAUAUUCUUAUUUGUUAGAGCCACUUUGGUGGGCAGGCAUGAUAACAAUGGUUGUUGGAGAAAUUGCUAAUUUUGCAGCUUAUGCAUUUGCACCUGCUAUACUUGUCACUCCUCUUGGUGCAGUCAGCAUAAUUAUCAGUGCUGUUCUUGCUCAUAUCAUUUUACGGGAGAAAUUAAAUGCUUUUGGAAUUCUUGGUUGUGUUUUGUGUGUUGUGGGCUCUACAACAAUUGUUCUGCAUGCCCCACAAGAACGUGAGAUUGCAUCUGUGAUAGAAGUUUGGGAUCUAGCUACAGAGCCAGGUUUUCUAUUUUACGCAGCUUUGGUUGUAACAGCUUCCUUUGUUCUUAUAUUCCACUUCAUACCACAAUAUGGGCAGACCCACAUAAUGAUUUACAUUGGGGUUUGUUCUCUCAUUGGCUCCCUUUCGGUCAUGAGCGUUAAAGCACUUGGAAUUGCCCUGAAAUUAACCUUCUCAGGAAUGAAUCAGCUUAUAUAUCCACAAACAUGGGCCUUUACUUUAGUUGUGAUUGCUUGUGUGCUAACCCAAAUGAAUUAUUUGAACAAGGCACUUGACACUUUUAACACGGCUGUUGUUUCUCCCAUAUACUAUGUUAUGUUUACAUCACUAACCAUCUUGGCAAGUGUAAUCAUGUUUAAGGAUUGGGAUAGGCAAAAUCCAACCCAAAUAAUAACACAGAUGUGUGGCUUUGUCACCAUCCUCUCGGGAAGUUUUCUUCUUCACAAUACUAAGGAUGGUGAUGGACUGUUUCCUUUGAGUGAGCACUGGAAACAAGGGAGCCGGAUUCCUGGUUCAACUUUAGCAACAUCUUUGCCCAUGCGCUCAUUCAAGCGUCUGGAAGAAGAUGGCUUUGAUCCUGAAGCCAUCCCUCUCAAAAGGCCGGAUUCAUCGCGGACAACUUGAUACUAUCUCCUUCACAUACUGCCCAAUUCUACGAAACUCAAUAUAGUUUUUGGGAGAUAACUUGCCAAGGUCCAUUUGUAUUUUGUCAUGCACUCCACUUGCUCCAUGCCAUUCAUUCUUUUUCUAAGCCAAAAACGUGAGAGAGUUCCCUGUCAUUCUGCUUUUGGCUUCACGAUGAGACUUGAGCUUUUAGCUCUUUGUAUACACUCUCCCCCAUUUGAUACAGAAAGCCAAUGUAAAAUUGAGCAGUGGUUACACAUGUUGUAUCAUUUGUGUUCCAUUUUGCCAAGAUUGUGGUGGAUUUCUCUCAAGGAUCAUUUGCAAAAUCAAUAGAGAAAGGGCUUUCCU